AUGUUGCGGCUGAACCACCGGUUAACCGUCGAUUCGUCGAUUUUGCAGCAACUGAACCGGAACCUGCCCGGCAAGUUGCCGGGCUGGUUCUGGUUCGACCCGGCGAACCGGGUCAACCAACCUAUUGACCCGGUUACGGGCUCGGGCCGGUUGAACCGGCGGGUUGAACCGCCUGUAAACCGGCGGUUCGCCGGUAUUGCAGCAACUGAACUGGAACCAGCCCGGCAAGCUGCAGUCGCCGUCGACCGGCUGUCGCAGGGAGGGAGCGCCAAGGUCGCCGCAGUUGAAACAACUUGCGAAAUGGCUUCGUCCCUUGCGACUGCUCCGGCCGAAGAAGAUGAUAACAGCGGCAGCGACGACUCUUCUCCUUCCUUCGAUGCGCCGGCGCCGGCGUUGUUGUCGUUGGAUCCACCGGAAGCUUCGCCGUCACCUGAAGGAUCCUCGCCUCCCGAGGAUGGGGAUGGGGAUGCGGACGCCGAUGACACCCCGAAUAGUGCUCCGCCGCCUAAAGCAAAUAGCUCCAAGAGCAAGCCGUCGCCGUCCUCCAAGACGCCGACGGCGACGGGGGGAUCUUCCUCGGGGAAAUCGUCCCCCGAGUCCAAAGGCGGCGGCAGCGGCGGCGGCGGCGGCGGAUUCUCUCCCCCGUCCGUCCCUUCUGCGUCCGGCAACCGGACGUCCCGGGACGGGGGAAGCCAAUCUAAGUCGCUGCCGUCUCCGUCCGGUGACUCGGAAGCGUCGCCGUCGAGCGGCAGCUCCGACGUCCAUCUUCCCCUCGUGCUCGGGGUCGCCGGCGGCGUCGUGCUGUUCCUGGUCCUGAUGAUCGUGUCGCUCGUGCUCUGCUCCAGGAAGAAGAAGAAACCCGUGCAGUACUACGAUAAAGGCGGGUACUACAACGCCGGUUCGCUGCCGCGGUGGCAAAACGGAGGCGAGUACGGCGGUAGCAACAGGCCGCCGCAGCCAGGAGCCGGUUGGCGAUCACCUCAGCCGGCGGGGACCAUGCCGAUCAGCGAGGACAUAAGCGGGCCCUACUCGGGCGGCUUCCACGGCCCGCCUCUGCCGCCGCCGUCGCCCGGGAUGAUGCCGAUGGUCUUCAACCAGAGCAGCUUCACCUACGACGAGCUCGCGGCGGCCACCAACGGCUUCUCCCGGGACAACCUCCUCGGUCAGGGCGGCUUCGGCUACGUCUACAAGGGCGUGCUCCCCAACCGGAAGGAGGUGGCGGUGAAGCAGCUCAAGGCCGGCAGCGGCCAGGGCGAGCGCGAGUUCCAGGCGGAGGUCGAGAUCAUCAGCCGCGUCCACCACCGCCACUUGGUCUCUCUCGUCGGCUACUGCAUCGCCGGCCCCCAGCGCCUUCUGGUCUACGAGUUCGUCGCCAACAACACCCUCGAGCACCAUCUCCACGGCAAAGGUCUUCCGACGAUGGAGUGGCAGAACAGGCUGAAGAUCGCCAUUGGAUCCGCCAAGGGCCUCGCCUAUCUACACGAAGACUGCCAUCCUCGAAUCAUCCAUCGCGACAUCAAGACCGCCAACAUCCUCCUCGACAAUAAGUUCGAAGCCAUGGUGGCCGAUUUUGGAUUGGCGAAGCUGUCGUCGGACACCAACACCCAUGUUUCGACUCGAGUGAUGGGGACUUUCGGUUACUUAGCGCCGGAGUACGCGUCGAGUGGGAAGCUGACGGAAAAGUCCGACGUGUUCUCCUUCGGCGUCAUGCUCCUCGAGCUGGUCACGGGCCGAAGGCCGGUGGACAACUUCUCCGACAUGGACGAGAGCCUCGUGGAUUGGGCAAGGCCGGUUCUUGGGCGAGCGCUGGCCGACGGCAACUUCGACGAGCUCGCGGACCCCAGACUGGAGGACAAGUACAACGCCAACGAGAUGGCGCGCAUGGCCGCCUGCGCCGCCGCCAGCGUUCGACACUCUGCCAGAAGGCGUCCAAAAAUGAGCCAAAUUGUGCGAGCAUUGGAGGGAGACGUAUCGCUGGACGACUUGAACGAGGGGGUGAAGCCCGGGCAAAGCUCCAUGUUCAGUGGGUCGGGUUCGGACAUGGACUCCAAUUCGUACUCGACCAACAUAAGGCGGUUCAGGGAGAUCGCGCUCGGGGGCAAUGACGGCUACAGUAAUGACUACAACAGUACGGGCAUGACGAGCGAGUACGGCGCGAACCUCUCGGAGUCGAGCAGCUCGGGAGAAAUGGCUUACGGCGAAGGCCGGAGAAAGAAGCCUUCUCCGUACGGAGUGUGAGAAAUAGAUGGAA